ACAAGACUGUAUUUGUACAAUCAAAACCAGGAACUCGAGGCCAAAUGGUCCCCACAAGUGUUGCAGACAAGUCCUGACUAUCCCUGCCAAGUAAAACUUCUCAUUUCCCUCCUCAGGGCAGCACAAGACGGAGGAGUUCCGGAAGGUGAAUGUCCUGAUGAAGGUGCCUGCACUAAGGGAUGGUUCUUUCACCUUAGCAGAGAGCAUUGCAAUCCUCCUGUACCUCGCCCAGAAAUUCAAGACUCCUGAUCACUGGUACCCAUCUGACCUGCAGAAAAGGGCGAGGGUCGAUGAGUACCUGUCAUGGCAGCACGCCAACAUCCGUGCGAAGGGGAGCAAGGUGUUCCUAUCGAAGGUGCUGCUGCCUAUCCUCACAGGCCAGCCACUUUCUGCAGAGAAACUGGAAUUUCUUAUUGAGGACCUCAAUGUUGUCCUAAAGCAGUUUGAAGAGAAGUUCUUGCAGGACAAGCCCUUCAUCGCAGGCAGCGAGGUCUCCCUGGCAGACCUCGUAGCACUGGUGGAGCUCAUGCAGCCUGUAGGUGCUGGCUACAACCUCUUUGAGGAGAGGCCAAAGUUGGCGGAGUGGCGCCGGCGGGUGGAAGAAGCUGUGGGGAAGGAGCUCUUCCAGGAAGCCCAUGAAGGGAUCAUGAACAUUAAGAACUUAACCGCUGACCAGUUUGCACCUGAACUGCUGGAGAGUUUCAAGCAGCAACUCCUAAAGCAGAGAGCAAACUUCCUACCAGCACAAUAAAUGUCUCCCACAGCUUCUGCACAAGUAGAAUCAGAGCAGAGAAAUUAUCAAAACCAAGAGCCUAUUCUGCAGAGUGCUAACCUCGACAAACCUCAGACCAGGCUUGGGAGCGGAGCCUUUCCUGACACACAUCUCCCUGCAGAAUCUCCAGACAGGGCUGCUCUGCACGCAAACCAUUGCAUGAGUCAAGGUAAAUAAAGUGUCUUUCUUUUCAUUUUCUAAUUUAUGAUACUUGUAGCACAAGAGCUCCAUGUAAGAGUCUUGAGCCAAUUUUCUGCUUGUUGGAAUAAAGCACAAGUUCCUUAAAUGUCACCCACGGUGUGCUCCUGCAAGGACGGCUGCCUUCAAAACCAAGCCUGAACUGUGUUCAGAGCUGGCUCUCUGGUGCUCCUCCACCGCUGU